GCAGAGGACACAUAAAAAGCUCCCUUCUUCCAUCCCUCUGAGCAAAAAAACACAUUUACUCACUCUCUGUUGUUUCUCAAUAGAAAUCUUGGAAAGUGAAACUGACGAAAUGGAUCAUAGUCAUUUGAGAAUGAUCUCAGAAAAUGCAGAAGUUCAGCAAUCCCUCUCCGACCUCAUUAUAAACAGCGGGAAAUGUUCAUCAAGCUCCAUUUUUUCUGAUCCCCUGCUUAAGAAAAUCCCGAUUACCCCUCUGGGUUCUUCAGUGUAUCUCACGCAUAUAGAUUUACUCCGGAAGCUCGGCCAAGAAACCAAAGCGAACCCAUUCAAGAAUUCUUCUCUGGUUCGUCCGGCCACCGCGGAAACGACGGCGAUGAUGAAGAUGCUGAAGAAGAAGGUGUACAGAGGAGUGAGGCAGAGGCACUGGGGGAAAUGGGUGGCAGAGAUUAGACUCCCUCAGAACAGAGUCAGAGUUUGGUUAGGGACUUAUGAGACUGCCGAGACCGCUGCCUAUGCAUAUGACGCCGCGGCCGUUAUACUCCGCGGCGACUAUGCGCGGCUGAAUUUCCCCGAGCUUCGCGAUCCCGAGAAACUCGGGGGAAACCCAAAGCUGGUUGCUGUCAAGAAUGCCGUCUAUGCGAAAAUCCAAUCUAUAAACCAGAAGGUGAAAAUGGAAAGAGAUAAGAAUAAGAAGAAGAAGAUGGUGACGAAGAAGAUCGAAUCCGGAGGGAUUGUUCAUGUUAUUGAGUCGUCUUCAUCGUCAUCUUCUUAUUCUUCCUCCUCGUUUGCUGGAACGGAAAGUGGGAAUGUUUUAGUGGGAAGUCCUUCGAGUGUGUUCUCUGGAGAUGGGUUUUCGAUGAGGGAGACGACUUCGCCGCUAAGCCCCACCUCCGGCGAGAUUUUGACGGCGCCGGGUCAACCAGAGUUCGAAGGUUGUUCCCUUGCGAGAAUGCCUUCAUUUGAUCCAGAGUUGAUAUGGGAAGUUCUGGCCAAUUAAGAGUUAUUUUUCUCCUUUACCCAAGAUAGUGAGUUUUACUGCUGAGUAUAUCAUGUGUACUCCCCUAAAUGAUCAUUUCAGUGUUUUAUUGCGUUUUAGUUCUACAAUUGUAACAUAUGUAUUGGUUCUUGCAUGCAUUAUUUAGAUGUAUAGGUCUAAUGUUUUGAUGUUAUGUACUCUCUCCAUCCCACUAACAAUGGGACAUGAAGAGCAACAAACAUACCAAUAAAGUUGAGUUUAUAUGG